ACAAAGCCUAGGUCAUGGGACAGGACCAUAGGGCCGGAGAUGCAGAGGGGUGCUGCUGAGUCCUGUGAACUGAAGUUGUGGUGUGUAACCAGCCGCUAAUGUUAAUGACCUUGCAGGAAGCUGAGGUUCUUUAGGAAGGAACUGCUCAGGUCGCUCAGGAGUGGGACCAAUGGGGUAGGAGCAUGGGCUUGUGUGUCCCACGACAAUGGUCUGGAUUCCACAGGCCGGGAGGGGCGGGGUUUCUUGGCACCACCUGGACCUCUGGAGCAGCUACCGUGGGUCCUGUUUGCGGAACGGUGGUCAGUAGGAAGCUCCGGGUGCCGGAGGGUCCUGUGUUCCUGGACGCGUUCCUCCCUGCCUACUUCCUUCGGGCGUUGGACUCGGAUGUUGCAGCAGAGGAAUGGGGCAGGAGCUGGAGCAGGUGCGCCAGAGCGAUGAUAGAUCUGCGAUUGGUCCCAUCCGGAUGGGAGAACAGUCGCAUGCAUCCUCCUGGAAAGGCUUCUGGUUUCAGCAGGGAACUGGGAAUCACACCCAGAAUGAGAACAGAGGAAGGGAGAAGGGCAGAGGGGAUCCCUGCAGGUCCGGAAGACCGAAAUGCUACUCCCUUCACCUUGGAAUCCUUCCCUUCAUAGUGCUUGUCUCAGUCUUCUUUGGCUACCUGUUUGUGAACCUCAGAAGCCAGAACUUGGGUCACCCAGGAGCUGUGACUAGGAAGACCUAUCCGCAGCCAAGCGUGCUAAAACCCACUAGGAAAGAUGUUCUUGUCUUGACUCCUUGGCUGGCGCCCAUCAUCUGGGAGGGGACCUUCAACAUCGACAUACUGAAUGAGCAGUUCCAGCUUCGGAAUGCCACGAUUGGACUGACUGUGUUUGCCAUCAAAAAGUAUGUGGUGUUCCUUAAGCUGUUCCUGGAGACAGCAGAGCAGCACUUCAUGGUGGGACACAAGGUCAUCUACUAUGUCUUCACUGACCGUCCAGCUGAUGUGCCACAGGUGUUCCUGGGUGCAGGACGACAACUGGUGGUGCUAACUGUGCACAGCUAUACUCGAUGGCAGGAUGUGUCCAUGCACAGGAUGGAGAUGAUCAGCCACUUCUCAGAGCGGCGCUUUCUGCAUGAGGUGGAUUACCUGGUGUGUGCAGAUGUGGACAUGAAGUUCAAUGACCAUGUGGGUGUGGAGAUUCUCUCAGCACUCUUUGGCACCUUGCACCCCGGCUUCUACAGUAGCAGCCGAGAGGCCUUUACCUAUGAGCGCCGGCCACAGUCCCAGGCCUACAUCCCCUGGGACAAGGGUGACUUUUACUAUAUGGGAGCCUUCUUCGGGGGGUCAGUGCUAGAAGUGCACCAUCUCACCAAGGCCUGCCAUGAAGCUAUGGUGGAGGACCAGGCCAACGGCAUUGAGGCCGUGUGGCAUGACGAGAGCUAUCUGAACAAAUACCUGCUUUACCAUAAGCCUACAAAGGUGCUGUCCCCAGAGUACAUGUGGGACCAGCAGCUGCUGGGCUGGCCCUCCAUCAUGAAGAAGCUGAGAUAUGUGGCUGUGCCCAAGAACCAUCAGGCAAUCCGGAAUCAAUAGCUGAAUUCCUAUUGGAGAGGACAGGCUGUUAGCCAGGUGGCACUCCAGGCUGUGAUGAAACAGAAAGGGUUUGAGAGACAAUUGUCACUCUCUAUCCCACCUCAGAGUCCAGCAGGGCCAGUAUCACUUGGGUUACCACACACUUGAGCCCUGGAGUGGCAACCACCUUCAGUUCCACAGUGUGUCCCUAAGCUCCUUGUACUGUGUGACAUAGUAGAUGGAGCCUUCAGAACAUGGAAAAAUUCUUGUCAUAUAGUUAACUGAGGGCAUGUGCAUCCUCACUCAGGGUUGUCCCUUCCUGUGCUGGGAGGCUGACAGAGGAUCAGGCAUGAGGUCAGGGAUAGUCAGCCUGCAGUCCACAGAGGUGCAUAGCUCACUUGGGGCAGAUCAGCACCUUGUGCCCAUCACCUCUGCUCAUUUUUGGUUUAUUUGGGAAUAUCUAGCUAUCCAUUCUAGGGAAUAAAUAAGUUUCUAGGUAGUAUAGGAAGUGUUUAGUUUCCUUUUCCUUUUUUAAUUUUUUAUUUUAUUUCUUUGAACACAGUGUCAUGAAUGCUACUCAGACACACCACGGAGGUGCAUCCCCUCAAGACUCUAUCUUAGAGACGCAUACUGAUUGAACUUGAUGAGUGUUACAUCUACUAUAUUAUUUUUAUA